AUGGCACUCCGUGGAUGUCAGCGUCAGCUUGGCCACAAGAAGCUUCUCGUGGAUGCUGCUGGAGGACAUGGUGGCAUCGCGUGUGUUUUCCUCGCACACAAGAGAGCUGAUCGAGCGAUCGUGGUCGAUUUGUACCAGCCGACGAGCUUUGAGAAUCUACGCAGGGCAUGGGCGGAUGAUCCGGAUGGGAGUGAUGCCUCGGUGAAGUACCACAUCGCGGACGUUUCGAGUCCGGACUGGCUGUCAUCACUUCUGGACAAAGAAGCCGGGGAUUUGCGGCCAAGUGAGAUCGGCGUGGUUUCCUGCCACGCAUGCAGCUUGUUGUCAGACGAGCUGAUUCGUGCAUGUACCAGAAGCCAAGUGGAUUUCGCUCUCAUGCCAUGCUGCCACGGCGAAGAUAGUCGUAAGGGCAAGAUGAUGUUGAACACCGCGAAGAUGCUUGGCAUACCUCACGACAUGCUGAUUGACAUAUCCCGCCUUGGGAUAAUUGAAGAGAGCUCUGGUUACAAAGCUUCGAUGAGAUGCAUUGACUCCAGCAUUACACCACAAAAUCGAGUACUUCUCGGGCUGCGGGAAUCAGAAGCAGAUGCCGAAAAGCGUGAGUUGGCGCGCUCGGCAUCGCUAUACCGACUGGCCAGAAAAUAUCGACACAUCGGCAUCCCUCUUGGAAAAGGAACUGGUCGCGUGACGGUGGAAAAUGCCGUUUCCCACCGCACACGCUACCAUGCGUGUAGCGCAAAGCUUGAGGCGGAAGCUGAGACGGGCAUGGUGGUAGAUGCCAGCUCCAAAGCAUCGCAGACAUCAGAUGAUACCGAGGAGGAGAAUCCACCUGAUGAUGAGCAUGAGCACAAGCGGCCAACAGCGCCGGAAGGUGUCACCACGCAGCCGCACAGGGCAAGGCUCUCGUUGAGCUGGGCAGAGUACUUUCUGGUGCCUCCGUUCCAGUUUGGCGCCAUGUGCGGAAACGUCAAGGAGCCCUUCUGUGCUGGAGCCUGA